AAACGAUUGAUUUUUCGCUGCACGUAGUUCAGUGACUUAGAAUAUUGAUUGCCAGACGAUGUCGUGGUUGUCACACUAUUGAUUUGAUUCCACACUAUUGAUUUGAUUCCUCGCAACACUGUGGAUUCGCGGGAUGUGCAGUCCGAGUCCUGGCUAACCAGGCAGUCGGACUAGCCACCACGCUUGCCUCGUCACUUUUGAGAUACAGCGAGUAUGUGCCUCUGCCUCUCGUUCCUGAAUUUGUAGGUGCAGAAGAUAUCCUCGGCAUCAAAGGGAAAAAGUGUGUGUGUGCGUGCGUGCGGGUUUUGCGGGAGUGCUAUCGAAAUCGACAGGGUGGCGCAAAAGAUUUGAAACUUGGUUCCGAACUUCUUUACCUGGGGCAGCAGUUGCCAGAGGGCCAGUUCCCGGAGGGCGCCCAUUUUGGUAAAUUCAAAUCGAAGACCCGCAUCAAUUUGAGUUUGACCGAACUUUCGCCACUUCCACGAGCUGUUGCGCUCGACAAGGAAGUCCCUGUACCUACUCUUUGGAAUAUUUUGCUUGCGCUCUUCUCGCGAAGUUGUAGGUUGCAAGAGCUAAUACACGAUGAAAUCUAGCGGUUCCCCAAAGCGAAAGAAAAAGGCAGGAGGCCAGACCGAAACCGAGACCGAGACGGAGACGGAAAAGCAUGUAGCCGAAGCCAGGCCAACACAAGUAGUCUUCGAAAUUCUACCGACCGUCAGCGCCUUUGAACCUACGCCUUCGGAAUCUCUAGUCCGGCUACAGCAGAAGUGCGAUGACCAGCAGCUCAAUCUCUACGAUAUGUGUACUAACUAGCGAAUUAUACUUGUUCAUCAGCUUUAGGUUGAGCUCUGAUCGAUGAUGAUUUUGGGUUAGUAAGCAAUCAGUAAGGAUGGGAUUUUUUGUUUGAGUAGCAAAACAAUCCACCUUCUUGACAUCGAUUUCACAUGCUGAUCCACUUACAUCCUACUCUUACACCACCACAACUGCCACCUUCAGGUCCCGGGAGGGGCGCCGUAGUCGGUGAGAUAGACAAAGCGCUCGACGCAGAGGUUCGAGAGCAACUGCAGACCUAUGCUACAGAGCAGAAGAAAAUACCAGUGUGGAUGCGUGAGAUAAAUCGAGAAGUUGGUCAAACUAUGGUCGAUUACUCAUGGACGAAGGAUAAGUACUAUUUUUUUUUAGCUACGGAACUCAUCUCAUGCUCUUGUCAUUUUUGAUAUCCUCGCUGCUAGAUUCGCCUCGGUCGUCAUUAAUAACUUUCAGCAUUGACUACGAGGUACACUCGUGAGGAGGUCUUUUCUUUUGCCGGGAAUCCACGCGUCACGGAGCGCAGCGACGUGGUCAUAGUAAGGCCAGUCACCCUUCCGGAAGUGUCAUCGCACAGAAAAGUCCAAACGCCCGAAACCUAUCAACUGUACAACAACAUGUCGCGGACUGCGCUUAUCAAAGACAGGCUCGAAAAGUUCGGCCACACGUUCGAUACGACGAGGUACCUCGACCUAGUUGAAGACCUAUACCGAGGCACUUUGUUAAUCAUGAUCCAUGAAGCGUUAGUAGUCGCCUUUGCACCGCAGGCAUGCACAUGCUGCACAUUAGCAACUACCAGCAAUAUUAUGAUAAUGCUUCCUGGAGUCUUGUGAGUACUUGUGAAAUUGGUAUUAACCACCAGGUACGACGCUCAGAGGCAGAUUCGGUUUCGGACAAUGGAGGAGCGGCGCGAGGACUUCAAGAAACGUGAGGCUAGAGGCGAUCUUGCGCACCAUACGAAGGAGAUGACAAAUAGGAUGUACGACGUUGUUUCUGGUAGCCCUUCAAAAAUACAACUCGAACGCCACGCAUUGACCACAGUACCCUUCGAAGCCGCGUACUUGGAUGGCUUGGUGCCAUUGCGAGACAAGAUAGACGUAGCGGCGGCGGGGAAGUAACAGGAUGUUGCGGGGG